AUGGCAGCUGAAGCAUCUAAAAACCCAAAGGCUGCUGCCACUGGUAAUGUUGCAGUGGCAGCAGCCAGUUUUGGGGUAACUGGGUUAGUUGGGAAGGUACUUGCCAGAAAGCUCAUAUCAAAAGCCAAAUUGAAGGUUUACGGUAUAGCUCGAGCUCCUGAUCAUCAGUUCACACCCUUUCAUCAAAGUUCUUCAAACUUCCAUUUCAUCCAAUUGUGUAAUAUACCUUUGAAUUGUGAUUUGCUAAACCCUUUGGAAACCCAAAAAAGACUCUCCUUGUUACAAGAUGUGACUCGUGUGUUUUGGAUUACUUGGGCAAGCGAGUACCAAUUGGAUAACAUUGAGUGUUGUGACCAAAACAAGGCCAUGCUGUCCAAUGCCUUGGAUGCUAUAAUUCCUAUGCUUGUUGAGGCAUGUUUCUCUCUUCAGACCGGGAUGAAUCAUUAUGUGUCACUGUAAGGCCCUUGCGAUGAAAACAAAGCUCAAUACUACAAUGAAGAGUCCCCUCGAGUGAAUCCAAGCUACAAUUUUUACUAUGUUCUUGAAGACUUGCUCAAGGAGAGGCUACAUGGUAAGGUAGCUUGGUCUGUGCAUAAUCCUGGUUUGUUAAUAGGUAGUUCUUCUAGGACUUUGUACAAUUUCAUGGGUAGUUUGUGUGUUUAUGGAACCAUUUGUAAGAAUUUAAAUCUCCCUUUUAUGUUUGGAGCUAAAAAGUGUUGGGAAGAGACUUGCAUUGAUGGCUCAGAUGCAAGGCUAGUAGCUGAUCAGAAAAUUUGGGCAGCCACCAAUGCUGAUCUGGAUGACCAGGCCAUGCGUUUUAACACCAUUAAUGGUCCAAGUUUUACAUGGAAGGAGAUCUGGAAAGCUGUAGCAGAAAAGCUUGGAGUGCAAGUAUCAGAAGAACACACAUUUGAGGACUUCUCGUAUUCAAAAGCCAUGGUUGACAAGCAACAAGUCUGGAAACAAAUUGUAGCCGAAAAAGGGAUGGUUGAAACUGAGAUGGACAAUUUGGCCAAUUGGGAUUUCUUGGAUGUUCUCUUUCGCUGCCCGGUUAAGAUUUUGGGGACUCGAGACAAAGUUGAUGGACGGUACAAGACACUAGACUCAAUCCUGUAUUGGAUAGAUUGUAUGAGAGAUGAGAGACUGAUACCUUAA